CCGCUGCUUCUAGUUAAAGAAAACGCUUCAGGAAGUGUGUAACUCCUGUGACAAAGACUCCAGACUGUCGAUGUGGUUCUAACUCGGAGAAGGGUGUGGAGUUUUCUAAAGUUGGGAACUGCCGAUCUAGCCGGUUUAGGGUUGUUUGUAAACGGCUUUCAAGUUUCAUGCUCUGUAGGUCCUUGAGAGACCCAGCCCUGCAACAUCAGCAUGGAAGAUUCGCGGUCAACACAGUUCAGCUCCAUGGAAGAAGAAAUCGCUUACUGGAAGGGACAGGCGGAGAAAUACAAGCAGAGCUCGGAGGAAUCGCAGGAGGAGCUCCAGGAAUUCCAGCAGAUGAGUCGGGAUUACGAGGCGGAGCUGGAGACGGAGCUCAAACAGUACGAAGGCCGGAAUCGGGAGCUGCUGUCGGAGAACAACCGGCUCCGCAUGGAACUUGAGACCUUCAGGGAAAAACUUGAAGCCCAGCAUUCAGAUGCGUACUUACGGAUCUCGACACUAGAGGGCGACUUGACACAGACUACAGCCAUCAAGGACCAGCUGCAGAAAUACAUUCGGGAACUGGAGCAGGCCAACGAUGAUUUGGAAAGAGCCAAGAGGGCCACCAUCAUGUCUCUGGUUGACUUCGAGCAGCGCAUGAACCAUGUGAUCGAGAGGAACGCCUUCCUGGAGAGUGAGCUGGACGAGAAGGAGACCCUGCAGGUUUCGGUGCAGCGGCUCAAAGACGAGGCCAGAGACCUGCGUCAGGAGCUUGUAGUGCAAGAGAAGCAGGAGCGGAGGCCGUCGCUCAGUCUGGGGAAGGACAAGGUGAAAAUGGAGCCCCCACAGCGGCCCCCAGCAGCACUCCCCUGUCUUCCAACAAGCCCUGUGGGGCUCCGAGGCCCAGGAAGCACCUUCACCACACCCGCCUCCUGCCGGAGAGGAGAUGGCCAUACUGGAACACCUCUGACCGCCUCAGCACGGAUAUCCGCUCUCAACAUCGUGGGGGAGCUGCUUCGGAAAGUGGGGAAUCUGGAGUCAAAGCUGGCUUCCUGUCGAGAUUUUGUUUAUGAUCAGUCGCCAGGUCGGACUGCUCCUCCAUCCAUGGCUGGGGGGUUGAACGAAAACAGAACGAACCCUGCCGGCCUGCCACUGUUCGACAAAGGGUUGGCAAAGCGGUUGGAGUUUGAACCGGGAUCCCCGAGUGUCCAAUCGCAGAUGAGACAGUCGCCACAAGGAGUGGUCAAGAUUUUACUGUGAAUAGACCCUGCUCUGUGUUUUACUCCAGAGAACCCUGACUGCACACUGUUUGUUUUCCCACCUACCCCCUAUUAGCAUCUUUCCUAACAUACCGAUUCAUGGCAGUUUAGUCUCAAGAUGGCAAUUUCUGCUGCUUGCUGUAAGAUGAUCCCAGUAUCUGGAGAGAUUUCACCCUGCUGCUUUUAUAAUGCAAGUGCUCAAAUGUACUGGUUUGGAAAUAGGAUCAAACCACAGGGAUGGAAAUAAGAUUCAUAUUGCACAGCAGUAGGAGCUAUUCUAGUGUUUACUGUGAGGUGCUCAAACUGCUAUGCAAUGGAAGACAUUCCCUGCUAUUGUCACAUUUGUUUAAGUGUCUCUAACUUUACAGAGAGUUUCACAGAAAAGUGUUUGCUUUUGGAAGAUCGGUCAUAUAUCAGUUAGGUACUUGUUUUACAAUAGGCAUACUUUUCCUUAUAUAGCAGUGGGAACCCCUAAAAGAAGUUUGGCUGUAGCUCAGGAUUUAAGCACCACCUAACACACACACACACAGAUUUUACAGCAAACAGCUGCAGAGCUGAUAUUUUUAAACAUGAAAUAUGUGUUUUUUAAACCGUAUGGGGCAUGACUGCUUUAAAGGAGGAUGUACAAGUUUUAAAUGCGUGCAUUUCUGAAAUUUUAUAUUGAGUCUAAAGGAGGAAGCACUUUUCUUAAGCUUUUCCAGAAACUACAGUAGAAGCUGAUUAAACUGUUGCAUUACAGCCACUGUAGGUGGACUGGGUUUUUACACCACGUGAUUUCUGUGAGCAGCUGUUUUUUCGCUGGCUUAUUGAAAAUGUUCAGGAGAAGUGUUGGAUAGGAGCACAAGAAUUUGAGUGAAAGCACAUUAUGAAACACUUUUUUUUUUGUAAAUGCAUGCAAAAGUCACUUGACACAUAAUAUAUGUUGGGGAAAAUGUAUAUGUCGUAGAGCAAUAACACUUUGUUGACACCCUGCAUCACCGUGCCAGCAUGGUUACCCUGUGUUGCGGGUCAGUCUCCAAUGCUGACUAAAUCCACUGAAUUAAUUAAUUUCUGAAUUAACCUGUUAUUUUAUGCUACUGUGAACCUAACAUGAAUUCUACUGUUCUGUUAUUUCUCUGGUGUGGUAACCAUUAGCCCUGCACGACUGCACAUUCUAAAGAAAGCACAAACGCGUCCAUUUUAAGAUCACAAGAUUGGCAGGGAGUUAGAACAGGUUUGCACUUUGUCACCCCUUUUUUGUUUUCUCAUAGUUGCUAUUGAAAGUUUUUUUAGGUAAGAAUAAUCUUAGUUUUUUUUAAUGAGUAGUUCAGGAACCACGUUGGGAAUGAAACAACGCAUUUUUGUUAACGGCUGACUAUGGUCUGAGUUUUAUCAGUUCUAUAAAAUGAAAGUAUAAGAAGUAACUCAGGUUUUCUUGUCCCUCGCCUAUUGUUCUGCUUUCUCAUCUCUCCACUACACAAUGCAAAUAUAAAGUUGCAGUCUCUGUUCAGUUUUACACAAGCAAGAAUUAUUUUGUGUCAUUUUUCUAUUUAAUUGUAUAGUUUAACCUUCGGUCCAGUUUGCUUUCAUUCCCUAAUAAGGGAUCUUAAAGCUUGUCACUUUUUUUUUUUUUAUAUAAACAUAUAUCUUUUAUUGUGGACCUCGAGAGGUUGGCUAGAUUAUGUUUUGUUGCACUGCUUCAUUAGCUGUGCUCUCAAGCGGGACUAUUCAUAUUCAUCUUGGCAUUGAUUUUAACACUAAUGUCUGUUGUCUAAAACUGGUCAUGCUACAUUGGUGUGGAGACUAAGUUAUCAUAAUCCUGUUUGUGUACGUAGUGUGUAUUUUAGCAGGCUUUCCACCACAAACCCCUCAUUGUUUUCUAUGUACUGUGUCGUGAAUUGUACUUGAAGGCGCAGUAUAAUUUAUUUGUGAUCAUUGUUGUGUGGUUACCUUGUUGGCAGGCAGGAGAAUGUAACACUGGUACUUGUUUCCCCCCUCAAAUGCAAAAAAAAAAACUAACACCCCUGACUGCUUACUUGAACAGUAGUUUUCCAUCCAGAGCUCCAAACUGUGAUAGACAGUAGCUAAGAUGUUUGAAUGUUUGAUGCUUCUAGUUUUACCAGUAUUCUUUUAGUGUUGGUGUAUAAGAUGUUUAUGAUAGUGUUUGGUUUGAACUCCUUCUCCAUCCACCCCUGUGUCACUUUAGAAUUAAUAUUCAUUUCCCUGUAUUGUUUUCUCUUUCUUGUCCUUGUUGCUAUGGAAACACUGGUAUAACAUCGAGAGAUUCUAAUUUAAGUAGUAUAUAUCUAGACUGGUUUGCUUUUGUGUUUUACCAUUUUGAAUGAAUGUAUUUUUAUUUUCUAACCUUUAUUAAAACCACUGUAACUGUUAGUCAUUUCUGUCACAAGCACAAAGACUGAAUAGCUCUUUUAAUAGGAUCAAAGUAGAAGGUAGAAACUUUAACUCAUUAUUUUUCUGAAAAAAAAAUGGUAUGUCAUUUAACUUGCUGCAUUGUGUCAACAACAAUUGCUACGAUUCAUUGUUACAGGAAGAAGCAGGAUUCCUUUUUUAUUUAUUUUUUAUACCGUUUUGCUAUUUUUUACUACAAGGUGUGCAUUUCUGAAAAAAAGCAGAACAUGUAGCUGCUCAUAUGUAGCAAGAUCCCAGGGAGGUAUCGACAGUCUCAGCCCCACUAAAUAUUAAUGUUGAGGAGCACAAAAUUAUUGAGACAACUUUGUCCUCCUUGAUGACUGGAAUGGCUUUUGGCUCCACACAGAAACUUCUUUUGAGAAUCCUGCUUUCAGAGUUCAAACAAAUACAAAGAAAUGAAUCUAGCGAAUGCAGAUUUGGGGAAUUGUUUGAAUAGUCGUUGCAGGACUACAUGCCACGCAUUGUAAGCAAGCUCACAAACAGUUUGAGAAUAUGAUAUGCAUUGACAACAAGGCAAACUGUCGCUAUAGAGAAUGAGUUUAUACCAUAAUACCUUCAUUGUAAUAUUUAUAACACCUGCUGGUACCUGUGCUUGUUUUAAAGUGCAGACAGGAGCUGUGUGUUCUAGUCUGAUCUGUUGCUGUUUUAUUGCUUACUACUAAAACAGGUAAAAACUGUACUCUUAAUUUGCUCUUAAAUGAAUACAGUUAUGAUGCAGCUCCACAGUGUGGUCCAAAGUCACUUGACCAGUUCAUGAAUAUGCAUGUGGAAAAAGUGUGCACCGUAGAGCAAUGAAACUUAGCAGGUAGCAACAGUAGACAAAAAUGAAUGUUGUGCAGUUUCUUGGUGACCCCCUAUUUGUUUCCACUCUUGCAGCAGCGGAAGACAGCAAAUUCAUUGCAAUUCCAAGAGCUCUGUGGUGAACAACAGCAUGAAGAAUGAUUUGCAGUGACUUGUCAGCUGUUUUGAAGCAAGCAGGUUGGCUAUGCACGAUAUUCAGUGACAUGCACCUACCGUCCAUUUUAUGGCACGAUGUUGUACACUUAAUCCCAGGCAUAUCCGUUAGCUGGUGAGAUCAGAGGACUUUGGAAGCAUCCAAUAGGGUGGGAGAUUGUGCUGUACAGAACUCCAGCUUAACACUGUGGCCUUUUCACAGUAUCUGUAAAGGAUUAGCAUCUAAUUGUGUCACAUGGUUUCACUUUACAUGGGUGAAAGAACAGUGACACACACCUGCAGUAAAGGUACUUGAAAAAACAUGCUGUAGUAAUAUGCUGUAAAUGCAAUUCUAAUAAUUCCUAAAACACCUACACCAGGUGCAUAUAAGUGCAUAUAUUGCUAACAUACAGCUGCUAGCAAGGGAAAUUUUCACAGCUGCUGCACCAAUACAGUAGACUGAUUCUAAAUGUCAGGCUGCCUAUCGCUGAACUAAACCCAAACUGUAUGACAAUGUGUGUUCUUUUGUCCAAAACAUUACUGAGGUACUGUUUCAUACAAAGGCACAGUUUGCAAACUUUUUUUUAUAUCUUAAUAUGUAUAUUAAAAUCCUUCUUGUACAUAAAA